UUUGCCGCCGAAGACGACGGUCGUCGCCCAUGGCGUCGCUGCCUGCGAGGUCGACCGCACUGAGUGGAUGGCUCCUGAAAAGGGUGCCAGCCUUGGGCGAUCACUGGAGCCAGCUAUGGUGUGUGCUCUACGAAGAUGAGGAGGAAGAUUCCUGGGUUCUCGAUUGCUAUGCAGAUGAAUCUGCCAGUAAAAAGCUGCUACACAUCGUGCUGGGCUUUGCCGCUCGGGUGUUGCCCACGAAUUCCAAACAUGUUCCACCUGCACUCUCAAAGCUCUACCAGCAGCACCCGUUCAGCUUUGUGCUGGAUUCAGGUGAGGGACGUUUGUGUCCCCUCUAUGUCUUUGAUGCCCUGAGCCAAGAACGCCUCAGCAGCUGGCAGCAAGUGAUCAGCAGCUGCGCGCGAGAGCUCACCAGAAGGCAAAAGACGCAGGAGGAGCAAGACCGUGUGGAGCUGAUUGGCCGGAUCUUCGCACUGUUGGAGAACGGCGCAGGCACCAUUUGGACAGAUGAAUUCCGGCGCUACGCUGAGACGUUGGGUUUCUCCGGCUCCGACGAUGACUGGAGCAGGGAAUUCCAGGAGAUUUGCGAAGACCGCGGCUGGAAGGAGGAGAAGGGCAUCUCCCUGACCAACUUUACCAAGUUUCUGAGCAAAGAUCCGGACAUGUCUGUGGAGGAGCUGCUCGAGAUCAGCGAGGCUCUCGACGGCCAACGUGACUCACCCGUUUCCGAUUCGUGGGCGCGACAAAGCGUGGCAUCCAACCUGGUGAAGCUAAGGACCAGGGCUGAUAUUGUGGAUGCGCUGUUCAUCAGCUUGAAAUGCAAGGACACAGGUCGUAUAGGCAGCCAGGAGCUUCAUCGCUAUGCAAAGCUGUCUGGUUUCGAUGGCGACGAUGAUGACUGGGCAGAAGAAUUCGAGGAAUUGUGUGCAGAGCAAGGAUGGGACAAGGAGGAAGGCCUGGGGCAUCACGAGUUCUUGGUGCUCAUGGAGAAUGAAUCCAUGGGCUCGGACCAAGAGUUGAAGGCCAUGCUCCUGGAGCUUCGCAUGCCACCGAAGAGGACCUUUGCACAAAUGUCCCAAUGGGCUGGAAAGACUGCAUCCACUCGUGUGAGAAGUGAAGUCGCAGAGAUGCCUCGAGACGAUUUGGUCAAUGAAGCCUUUGCCUCUCUCGAUGUGCGUCGACAAGAUCUGCUGGGAUCCCGCGAGUUCAGGCGCUAUGCGGAGCUGACCGGAUAUGACGGAGGUGAUGAGUUUUGGGAUGAGCAAUAUGAAGAACUCUGCCGUGAUUACAACUGGGAUCCAGAUGCUGGGGUGACGAAGGAAGAGUUUAUCGCCUUCCUCGGGGAUGAGGCCAACUCACCCGAUGAGGAAUUGAGGGAGCUGGUGCUGGAGCUCCGGCUGCGGCAGGACGUGGCGGCCCGGCGCUUCCGCAGCGCGGUACGCAGGGUCGCCUGGAUGCUACGCUACGCGGGUUUGGCGAUCGCCAAAGGCGACUACACGCGAGAGGAGAUUCAGAGGAUGUCCAGAAAACAGCUGGCCGAUGCUGUCUUCCAUUCGCUCGACCGGCGCCAGCGGCAAAAGUUGGAUUCCAAGGCGAUGCGAAUCUUUGCCAAUGCGACGGGCUUCCUGGGGGAUGAGGAGGACUGGGCCAAGGAGUUUGCCGGGAUCUGCGAGGAGUUAGGAUGGAAUGAAGAACGAGGCGUGUCGAAAUCUCAAUUCCUGGACUUCAUCGGUGAUGAGGAAAGCACCAGCAGCGAAGAGCUCCGAAUCCUUCUCUUCAACUUGCCAGCCCCUGAACUUCCGCGAGCGAUCCUAGCUGCCAAGCCCAUCAAGACCACGGAGUCCAUGUCGCGGGAGGAACUUGUUGAUGAGCUUUACAUGGAAGUGCAGCGGCCGGACGCCCGACGUGCGGCUGGAGAAGUCUUAGUGCUGAGCCUUAGCGAAGAGCUCUCUAGGGAUGACUUCGAGAAGUUGAUUGCUGGGGAGGAGGAGCACAGCACCCGGAGUCUGAGGAAGGCCUUGAUGGACUUGAGGAAACAGCGCAGCAGGGACUCCGUCUUUUCUCAGAGCUUUGCACGUAGCCAUUGGCAUCGUCCGAGCAGCUCCAAGCCGCACGGACGGGCCUCGCUGCCGCCCGAGCUCCGCCCGGAACGCCUGAGUUCCAUGACGCGCGACGAGCUCAUCGAGGGCCUCUUCCACGCCUUGGACGCUGAUCAUGGCGCCACCGGCGCCUUGGAGGCGGCUUCGGUGCGGAUCUUUGCCGAGGCCACAGGCUUUGAGGGGACGGAUGAGCAGUGGCAGGAGCAACUGGAGGCCAUGUACAGCUUUUUCGGCUGGGAGACAGGGGAAGCGAUUUCCAACACUCAGUUCGCAGAGCUGGUGAACAAUGAUGAGGACACCACUGACGACGAGCUACGUGAGGUUUUGUUUGAGCUGCUUCGGCGUCAGGCCCUCCACCGGCCCUCCUCGCGCACCAGUCGCAGCAGCCGUGCCAGCACACUUCCGUGGCAAAGGAACAAAAGCAUCAUGCCAAAUCAAGAAGAGGUGGAGAGAAUGAAUCGGAGAGAAUUGAUUGACUCAAUCUUCACGAUCUUAGGUGAUCGAAGUGAAUAUCUAUAUUCAUGGCAGGUCAGGACUUUUGCAGAGAGGACUGGCUUUGAUGGAGAUGACCUGGAGUGGGAAGAGCGCUUCACCCACAUGCUUGAAGACUUUGGCUGGAGUGCAGAAGGCAUUUCAAAGGAGGAUUUUGCCCAGUUCUUGGGCGAUGAGGACGAGUACAAUGACGAUGAGCUCCGACGCGUUCUCCUGAGUCUCCAGCUGCAACGAAGGAUGCAAAGCUCGCGAAGCUCUCAAAGAUCGCACAUGAGUCAUUCGUGGAGCCGGAAGAGCUUUAACCAGUCCAUGUCGAUGAGCCGAGACAGUUUGGUCAUGUCGAUCUUCCGGUGCUUGGCCGGUGAGGGGAGCCUGCGGGUGCCUCUGGAGGGCAUUCGGAGCUUCGCGGAAGAGACGGGCUUUGAGGGCAGCGAAGUGGAGUGGGAAGAGCAGCUGGAGGCCAUGCAGCAGUUCUUUCGAUGGGCUCCAGGGCAAGGCCUCUCGGCCGAGGAGUUCGCACAGCUGGUGGACCACGACGAGGACACCACGGAGGAGGAGCUUCGUGAGGUCCUGGCGCGGCUCCAGCGGAGAGACCUGCGGAAGUCCGAGCAGCGCAGGUCGCAGCGGAGGUCGGAGCGGAGGUUUUCGGUGAGGAGCUGGGGGCGGAAGAGCUUCGUGAAGAGCGAGGAGGAACUUCGCAGGCUCAGCCGCGUGGAGCUCAUCAGCCGGAUCUUCACGACGCUGAACCGACAGGAAGGCAUCCAGCAGAGCCAAAGCCUUUCUCAGGAAGGCUUCAGGCGCUUUGCAGAGCUCACGGGGUUUGAAGGAAGCGAUUUGGAGUGGGAGCAGCAGUUCACGGGCAUUUGCAAGUUGUAUGGCUGGAAUCCUCAGAAGGAGAUCUCCCUGCACCAUUUCCAGGAGUUCUUGAGCGAUGAGGAGGAAACACACGAGGAUGAACUGAGAGAAGUGCUCUCAACCUUGCAACAUCCUCGCGAGAGCAGUUCCUCCCAGAAUUGGAACCGACGGAGUUUCGCGUUGAAGUUGCAGGAGGAUGAGACCAUGGAACUCGAUCGCAUGGAACUGAUCGACAGCAUUUUCAAUCUUUUGGAUGUGAAGAAGGAGAAUGUCUUGCGCUCGGCCGAGCUGCUUGAAUUCGCCCUUUUCAGUGGAUUUGAUGGAACUGAAGAUGAGUGGAACGAGCAAUAUACAGUGAUGUGUUCGCGCUUCGGAUGGGAUGAUGCUCUGGGGGUGUCGAAAGAGCAGUUUCAGGAACUCGUAGGUGACGAGUCUGAAACCAGUGACGACGAGCUGCGACGGAUACUGCUUCAACAGGGACGAUCUUAGAAGGAGGUGCCCAGCUGCAGGUGUUCUGCUCAAGGAGGAUGCAGCGGUGAACGCAGGAUGUUCUUGACGCUCUAUGCCUCCAUGCAAGCUGAAUUCCGCCCAUCUGAGCAGCGGUGCUGGCUCCGAGCGGCCUGCACUGGCGACUGAAAGGAGUGAUCAACAAGAAUGGCUGGCAACCUUCGGCUGUUUCAGUUCCUGGAGAAACGCUUUGAGUGGUCAGUGGGCAUCACUGAUGCUGCACGGAGCAAUCGAGAAAGAGAUCUCAGCUCACCUCGAGACCCUGCGGGGGAUGAGAGGCUUGCGUCCGAUAGAUGACGCAAGUGCGUCCGAUUUGACGGUUCCAUCAUGUCGCUGUAUCAGCCGCUGGAGAGCACUUGAUGUUCUACACGGCGCUCGCCUGCUCCCAGUAUCUUCCAUGGCUGAUUCACCACCAGAUCAGAUCGGUUAGAGUUAGAGCCUUGCAA